GCGCCGGAGGGCGGGGCCGCGCGGGAGACGCGGCUGGAGCUGCGCCCGGGGCUCGGCCUCCUCACUGCUCACCCGCACCCUGGCUCUCCGCUUCCCUCCCCGCCGCGUCCCCGCGCGAAGAUGGCCACGGACGGGCUGCACGAGAACGAGACGCUGGCGUCGCUGAAGAGCGAGGCCGAGAGCCUCAAGGGCAAACUGGAGGAGGAGCGGGCCAAGCUGCACGACGUGGAGCUGCAUCAGGUGGCGGAGCGGGUGGAGGCGCUGGGGCAGUUUGUCAUGAAGACCAGGAGGACCCUCAAAGGCCACGGGAACAAAGUGCUCUGCAUGGACUGGUGCAAAGACAAGCGGAGGAUCGUGAGCUCCUCGCAGGACGGGAAGGUGAUCGUGUGGGAUUCCUUCACGACUAACAAGGAGCAUGCGGUCACCAUGCCCUGCACGUGGGUGAUGGCGUGUGCGUACGCCCCGUCGGGCUGUGCCAUUGCGUGUGGGGGUUUGGAUAAUAAGUGUUCUGUGUAUCCACUGACCUUUGACAAAAAUGAAAGCAUGGCUGCCAAAAAGAAGUCUGUGGCUAUGCACACCAACUACCUGUCGGCCUGCAGCUUCACCAACUCUGACAUGCAGAUCCUGACGGCAAGCGGCGACGGGACCUGCGCCCUGUGGGACGUGGAGAGCGGGCAGCUGCUGCAGAGCUUCCACGGGCACGGGGCCGACGUGCUCUGCUUGGACCUGGCGCCCUCAGAGACGGGAAACACCUUCGUGUCCGGGGGAUGUGACAAGAAAUCCAUGGUGUGGGACAUGCGCUCCGGCCAGUGCGUGCAGGCCUUUGAAACUCAUGAAUCAGACGUCAACAGUGUCCGGUACUACCCGAGCGGAGAUGCCUUUGCCUCAGGAUCGGACGAUGCUACGUGUCGCCUCUACGACCUCCGGGCGGACAGAGAGGUCGCCAUCUAUUCCAAGGAGAGUAUCAUAUUUGGAGCAUCCAGCGUGGACUUCUCCCUCAGUGGUCGCCUGCUGUUUGCUGGAUACAACGAUUAUACCAUCAACGUCUGGGAUGUGCUCAAGGGGGCUCGAGUCUCCAUCCUGUUUGGACAUGAAAACCGUGUCAGUACUCUACGAGUUUCCCCUGAUGGGACUGCUUUUUGCUCAGGAUCCUGGGAUCACACCCUAAGAGUCUGGGCUUAAUCGUUUCCUCACAAUACGCACUUAGGUACCUGAGGUUAGAAUUUGAAAUCACCACAUGUAAAUAGAUCUUACUUCUAGAGGACUUUCGAUUUUAUCACAACUUGGCUGAAAGGUCACCAAACAUCUCCAGUAUUACUAUUAAAACUACCAGCCCUGCAAAAGUACCACUGUCAGCCUUCAGCACUAGGAGAACACCUUCAAGUACAGUGCUGCUGGGGGAUUUUUGUUGUUUUUUCAUUUUGAGCACUUUUUAAAUUUAUUCAUUUAAAAAAUAUAUAUAUUUAUUGAGUUCGGGGAGGGAGAGAGAGAGAUAGAAACAUCAGUGAUGAGAGGGAAUCGUUGAACAGCUGCCUCCUGCACGCCCCACACUGAGGAUGGAGCCCACAACCCUGGUCAGUGCCCAACCACUGAGCCACGCCAGCCAGGCUGAAAUUUACUCAUUUUUAAGGUUAUUCUUAAUUAUACUCAGCUCAGUUCAUUCAGUUACCAACAGAAUCCAGCAUCUAAUGUAUUUCCUACUGCUUCUUUGACUCGGGUUUGUUUUGGAGCUCCUUAGAACCUGGUCUCCGUCGGCGUGCGCUGUGACGGGCCUUCCUCCGGAAGUGCUGAUUUCAGUGGCUGUAGGAGGAGGGCCGUGGUAACUGAUCUGUGAUAGGAGGAAGUUCCCAUUCCAAAUGUAAUUAGACAGAUGCACUUUUUUUAAAAUGUGUUUUUAUUGUAAGAGUAUAUUUCCCAGUCUUGCAUCAUAUUGUCUUGUUUCAUAUAAAACAUUUUCAUCUGUGUGAACUGUUAUAAAUGAAGCAGGUGUGCAUACGAUGGACGGGAGGUUUAACUCAUGAAUCAUGUGAUGAUGUGACAGGAGUGUUAUCACGUGGACACAUCCUUUUCUUCCAAGGGAAAAGCUGAACGCUGUGACACACAUGCUUCUCAGAGCAGACAAACCUUUCUGUGUGGGAACACGGGACAGCACAUUUAGUGCAAGGCCUGUCACUAGUAUUAGACAUGUGAGGAUCAGUGACAUCCCUCAGCCUAACGGGGAUCUUGUCCAUCUCCAUUAUACUCAUAUUUAUUGCAUUAAGGAUGUAAUUGCAUAUACAAAUUAAUGGCUAGGUUUUAAAAAGUAAUGUUUUCUAUUGAGAAGAAGAACAUAAAAGAUAUCUUGUCUUUAUUUGAAAUUCAGCAAUUCCUUCUGGAAGAUACCAAGUGCUUUGUUACAAGACCCUUUGCUUUAUUUUGUUUCUAAAGGUAUAGAGAGGCUUAUUUUUUGUUUUAGAAAAUUCCUUAUUCAUCCAGAUGGCAUGCAUUAGGGAAGUAAAAAGUCACCUCAAAUUCCAAAAACACACCUGGGUGAGGCUCGCCGGUGGCUCCUGUGGUGCCCAAGGGCUGUGUCUGCUGCAUCUGCUGGAUCGCCAGUCUCCUCUCAGCCCUGUUCCCGCCCGGCCCUUCUCCCGGGGCAGGCUCGGGCUCUGCAGGCCCAGCCCCAGACCCUGCUGCUCAGAGAGGCCCUUCCAGCGUGGGCACAGCCAUCGGGUAGGCCUGGGCCUGGCACCCAUCAGCUCGGGGGUGCGGGACCGCCCUCAGAUCUACUUGGUCAGGUGUCAUAAUGGACCAGUCGGGCCAUCUUUCCCAUCUGUUUAAAAAAAAUAAACAGAAUGGUUAUAUUCAGUCAUUUGUGAGGGUUUUACUAUGCAACAGCCCUAGUGAGAGCAAUAGAAAAGGCUCCCGCUUGCCUCAGAAGAGCCCAGAGGGAAGAAGAGGACAUGGUCCCCGGGGACCAUUUUUCAGCCACCUUCUCUCCCCCGCAGGGGACCGCCUGGACAGGGGCUCUGGGAAAUGGGCACAGGCCCACCCAGCUGCUGAGGGGGCAGGUCCCGCAGUGUGUCCAUGGAAUCCCUGAGCUGCACUCCCAGAACAUUCCAGAAUGCUCCUCGUCUCCUAGUUACAGCCUCCCCUACCUCUCUCCCACAGACCCUUUCCUGCCUCUGCACAGGAAAGUCGAGCUUUAUGUUUGGAGAGGCAGAGCACAUCUUCAGCGCAUAAUAGUCCAUAACUUUCCAAUUAAAAAACAACUUUAAGGGCCCUAUGGGAAUAUUUUGUAGAAUACUCACCCCGUGGGCAGUAAGCCACCUCCCCUAUAAGUACUUCAUCUCACAGUGUGUGCUGUUUAGUAUUUAUUGAUGAAAUACUUGGUUGGGAAUGUACUACACUAUAUGGACACUCAAGGGUAAACGCCAAGUAAUAAAUUGUAUUUUGCAUAUUGAAAAUAAUGCCAAGUGGAGUUUUUCAACCAGUUUGUCUUU